CUCUCUAAUCUCCCUUCUAUCUCCCCUCCUCCUCCUCGUCCUCCUCCUCCUCCUCCUCCUCUCUCUCGAACCCUAAAAGUCGCCGCUUUUAGGGUUUGAUCUCGGGGGCAUCGGCUCGGAGGGAAACGGAGGAUCGAGCCGAUCGUUUGGUGCGUCGAUUUCGUCCCCGUGUGAUUCGAUUGGUGUCGCAUGUUUUGGAUUUGAAACACAAAACCAUGGCAAGCACAAAAGGCGUGGCUAACGUAAGAAGCUCAUCAUCUGCCGCAAAACAAUCGUUCCUUCCUCCAAAAAGCCCUUUUCCAAUCGUAUCCCCGUCGUACGGCGAUUACGGUUCCAUCGGAUCGAAAGGAAACCCUACCCAUAAGCCGAGAGAGGGAAACAAUCGAUACCACCAUCAGCGUACUUCGUCAGAGAGCUUUCUUAUUGAAGAGCAACCCUCGUGGCUCGACGAUCUUCUCAACGAGCCAGACACCCCUGUACGGAAGGGAGCCCAUCGUCGGUCGUCGAGCGACUCUUUUGCGUACUUGGAGGGGGCGGCUCACUCGCUGCCUCCGUGGGCGGCGUCGGCUCAGGAGUAUUACCCGCAGAAUAAAGUGUGGGAACCUCAGAUAAGCUCGGUAAAUUAUCGGCCAAGUGGCGGCCCCGCGAUGAAGGAGAAGGUCGUGCAUCAUGGGUCAUCAUGUGUUUCGAGGAAUGCUGAUGUGGCGCCUUCGAAUAAUGCCAGUGAGAAGAAUGUCCACGAAGAAUCGGCGCAGGAUUCGAAGGUUUCCAAUGAAAGAAAGGAAGUCUCCCAUGCAAAGCAUUUGCAGUCCGAGGUGGAUCCAAAGCGGGCUAAACAGCAAUUCGCGCAACGCUCACGAGUUAGGAAGCUCCAAUACAUUGCCGAGCUUGAGAGAAAUGUUCAAGCAUUGCAGGCCGAAGGGUUAGAAGUUUCAGCUGAAAUCGAAUUUCUCAGCCAGCAGAAUCUCAUACUGGACUUGGAGAACAAGGCUUUGAAGCAACGCCUCGAAAGUCUGGCUCAAGAACAGCUUAUUAAACGCUUCCAGCACGAGAUGUUUGAACGAGAAAUAGCUCGUCUUCGGUCACUAUAUCAGCAGCAGCAGCAGCAUUUACAGGCCCAACCUGCCCCGACUCAUAACCGAAGUAGCAGUAGAGACCUAGACGCACAGUUUGCGAAUCUCUCUUUGAAACACCAAGAUCCGAAUACUGGGCGUGACCCAGUCUCCGACCCUCUCCGCAUUUGAAGUUUUGUGGGUCCCACGUAUCAUAAGCACUCCCUCUGGAAGUACUUCCUUAUUCUGCAGAUAUUUGCUGCGAGAAGUGAGCUGGAUAUCUUGGAAUCACAAUCCAAGACGAAUAACUAACGAGGAUGGCUUAAUAAUAACUUUUUCCCCCACGGAAAAGCCUAUCUUUUGUUUUCUUUCGCGUAUGUGCACCUGGCGGUCAUCUUCAUCUCGUGUGCGUCCAUUCGUUGAUGCUCGACCAGUCGGAGGUGUUUAGGGCUUUCUUGUAGUUCGGAUGCGUGCGUUCAUCGCAUCUGUGUGUUAUCACGAGUUUGAUUUUUAAUUUGUUCCCACUGGCUCACUUUCUCUUGUACUUUUUUCUUCCAUUUUCAUUUUCUUUUAACUACUUUUCGGCAUCUGGAUCUAUCCGGGGCAUGAAUUAUGUAGAGCAUCAAAAGGAUGUUGUGGAUGCUUCUACAUCCUUCAAUCUAUGUACUGGUAAUCAAGCAAUUGCUAGUGAACCAGGCUGAUGGUUCUUUUCUUUCUUUAUGGUUGUUUCUUAAAGUGCUUUUUUCGGUCACCUCUGGUGCUUCUUGAAGCAAAGCGCUUUUGUAUGCCAAAAGAUUACUAAAAGCUGUUCUAGUUUUUGUAAAUUUUCUGUAUCGCCGAACAUGAAAAUUAAAGAAAGAAUGAUGUACUUCUUUUGUGA